AUGACGAAAAAGGGAAAAGAAAAGUCAGAUUUAAAUGCGGCCAGCACGCCGCCCAAAUCGCAACAAGAGAGUAGUGGCCGACGACAUGAGAGCCAAGAUCCCCGCCCCAUUGGCUCCCCUAAGCGCGAUUCGCCCGCACCAGGAGAACACACCGAGCCAAGGCAACCUCAAAAUAUCUACGAUCUUCUUGAAUCCAGAUUAGACAUGGCAGACAAGCUAAGAGACAUCUCGUAUGGUGCUAACCCCGGUACACCAGAUGACUCAAUCCUCACAACGAAAGAGAUCAAGGCAUUGUUGUCUGGAGCACCUCACUUUCUUCUGGAGAAAGGCAAGCAUGGCCGGUGGUAUCCCCAGGUGAUCUUCCCAUGGGAUGAACAGAACCCAGUAAUCCAACAUAUGUGGGAUCGCAAGCAAUUGCCCCAUGCAUCCUUUACUCUAAGCACACUCCACGCCCAUCUGCCAGUCCCAGACGACUGGGCUAUCAAAGGCGGCGUUCCCAUGCAAGUCCAUGACUGGCGACGCCGAACAAGCGCCGUAAACAGGGCAACGUUUGAUGUCGGGAUCUUUGAAGUGCCCAACAUGCUAUCUAACAACGGCCAAGAACCCGGCACCGUCGGUUUCCGGCACUUUCUUGAAUUACCUGUUGCUGACGUGGUUCGAUACAACGGCCCUGAAAAGCCGAGAACCCCUGCGUAUUUACAGCAGGUCUCAACCAUGGCGGCAAUGGCGGCGUUCGAUAUAAUGGAGGGCUACAACAAACCGUAUUCGCAAUGCCAGAGUGGUGCCGUGUACGAUCGCCAUAGACUCAUUUGUGAAGGCCCUGAGGCUUGGAAGCGCAUUGGAGUACGAGAUAUUAACCUUCGAGCUCUCGUGCAACGGUUAGAAUAUCUGCGCCAGCACCGACAUGACAUGCUCAGAGAUGGAUCGACGAGGACAAUUUUGGAUAUUGAGAGUCCGCGCGAGAUGCACGAAAUCUUGCACACGCAGUUCCUUUACCCUCGCCCUCCACCUACCGAUAUCAUAGAGAGUCAUCCGCAAAGCAUCAAAUCCCAGAUCAAAACUCUGGCAAUCGUGCUGGCAACCCCAGGAGCGUGGAUCAAUUUCAGUCUUCCCGAGUGGCGCUUCCGGGCAGGACAGGUUCUAUGGGAGGCAUCCGUGCAUGGUGAUGGGGACUGUCUGGACCCCGAUUCCAGUAAUCAGAAAGUGCCGCGGGAUGUUCUGAUCAAGUCCGGGAUGGAGCGAAAGUGGUUUCUCAUCCAGAUGCUCCUCUCUGCUGAGUUGCUUCUUCGUUUGGAUGCGUUCGUUCGAGUCGACAUGCUGCAUGAUCCGCAUGAGCAUCCUCUCACACUACACGAGCUUUUACAAUUCGAGAAAUUACGAGAAGGAAAGCUAAACUGGGAUCUGAUUGUUGCGCGUCGGUUCCUCAACAGUCUUCAUAUCACUUGCGCAUCGCCACAACCACCGCCCUCGCCGGCUGGCUCGCGCUCAAGAUCCCAAUCCAUCAAGUCGCCUGAGAAAAGUCGCCGUUUCCCAUUGCUGGACAGCCUCACUCGACGUAACUCGUCUCCUGUUGCGGAUCUACAGUCUGCCUGGGACUGUGAACUGAGCUCUACGCACGUUCGAUUGCAGCUGGAGGGUCUAUAUGUCUUCGCGGAAAACAUCGGAUGGCCUAGGUUGGCUGAAUUGAAAGCUACCAUGGAGAUGAAACUUGGAGACCCUAACAAUCCGGUCCUGCCAGCCGUAGUCGUCGAUGACAGGUGGGGACGGGAAAAGAUAUCCAAGGAGCUGUUACUGGCCAAGGAGGAUAUGUACACACGAAACCCCUGCCGUCGACGCGUCAAGCUCUGCAGCUCUGGUGAUCCACGGUCUAAAACUCUAGGCUGGAUCUCGCGCUCCUGGCUCUCCGGAUUCGUGGUACCCGGAGAGGGGAUCAGUCACCUGCUCAUGGCGACGCUCCUUGAGAACGACGCAGAUGUGCUGGAUCAACUGGGUCCAAUCGCCAACCUCUAUGGAGGGUUCGUUUACGGCGGACGGAGUUGGUGGAGCAAAGCAUGCGUUGUCGGACGUGUCCUGUCCAGUUCAGCAGGAGCUAAUACAUGCAUGGGGUGGAUCAGCAGCGACAUGAUGCCCCGGGAUGUGAAUACGCGGGAAUUAUUUAAGCGCGGAUGGCUGGAACUCGCUGUUGAAGAGGUCCCACAGAUGUCGAGCAGGCCUCGAAUCAAACACGGAGUCAAGCUUGCGAUGGAAUCAACACCGCUAGGAAUGGGAGAUAUCACAGCAGACGCAUUUACACUCCCAACAGAUAAUCCAGGGCCAAUUCCAACAUCCACUGUCAAAAUCGAAGGGUUGACUCUGUCUGUCGGUGAUUACAAGCCUCCCAAUGGGAAUGGCAUUACACCUGCUGCCGCAUCCAUGUCGUUCUCCGUCAAAGACGCACACAAUGCUGGAGAACCAACUACGGUUUGUUUCCCCCUCAAGUAUAAUGUGCGCUUUAUCUCCGCGCAUGAAUGCUGUCCACCGUUGGGAGUCGCCUCUCGCAAAUCCGACCGCGAGAAGAAUGAAACCCAACAGCCUACGAGACCCGUGUCCAAGUAUACACGUCUACCAGGCCAUCCUCUGCACAAGUCCUAUCGAUACAACUAUGUUUCGUUGGAAAGCCUUUCGACUACCCCGGCGCCACGAUCGACAUCGUCACAAGGCGCGGGGGCAACUCAAGCCCCGGGGAUUAUGGUCAUCGAUGCGCGGGGCAGCCGAGACAGGGAAACGUUCGCUCGAGCGUGGUGCGCCGCUGUCGGGUGCCAUGCGAUCAUAAGCCGGUCCGGAGGAAAUCGAGUGGCAUGUUGUGUCGCGUGUUCAAUCAGACAAGCUCGAGCCAUUGACGCAAUGGUUGUGGUACGAGUAAGCGACUGA